UACGAGUCGUUUUUUUGACCCAAACAAGCGCCGGUGGCCAGCUGCGUGCUUCUCCUUCUUCCUUCCUUUCCCAUUUCCCCUUCUUCCCCCAUUUCCUUGCCUAUUCCUCCAUUCCCUUCUUCUAUGUCGUUGAAUUAAUCGAAUUGGAUUCCCGGCAUUCACAACCCAUUUCUUCAAUUCUCGAUUCGGAGCUCCUAAAUGCCCCCAUCGCCGGAAUUUCGCGGAAAAUAGCGCGCUCGAGGAAGGGCUUCGCGCCUCGUCUUUCUCCGUGCGUGUGUGUAAUUUCUGGUGUUCGUGGUCUCUCUUUCUGCUCGUUACUCCGAUUGAUUCUCUCCCGUCUCCGGGGAGGGCGGCCGUCGGGGUAUCUUCUGCGUCUUGGGCUUUUCUUCUGGAGGUUAGGGUUUGUCCGCGCGGGUGGGAAAAAUGAAGUCCCCGCUCGGUAAGUUCCGGGGAUUUAAACUCCACAAAAGUGAUUCGAAAGAUAAAAGGGACUUCCUGCAUCCAGCUCACUUAGAUGAGCUCGCUCAAGCUGCCGAGGACAUGCAGGAUAUGAGAAACUGCUAUGAUAGCUUACUUUCAGCAGCUGCUGCAACAGCAAACAGUGCUUACGAAUUCUCGGAGUCACUGCGGGAAAUGGGGACCUGUUUGCUGGAGAAAACUGCAUUGCACGAUGACGAAGAAAGUGGCAAAAUUCUGUUAAUGUUGGGGAAAGCACAAUUUGAACUUCAGAAGUUUGUUGAUAACUACCGGUCUCACAUAUUCCUGACAAUUACAAAUCCAUCUGAAUCUCUUCUAAACGAACUUCGGACAGUUGAGGAUAUGAAAAGACAGUGUGAUGAGAAAAGGUAUUGGUUCAGGAAUGUUUAUGAAUAUAUGGCUGCCCAGCAAAAAGAAAAGGGAAGGUCAAAGAGUGGAAAAGGCGAAAGUUUCACUAUGCAGCAAUUACGAUCUGCUCAUGAAGAAUACAAUGAAGAGGCAACAUUGUGCAUUUUCCGGUUGAAAUCUCUGAAGCAAGGGCAGUCCAGAAGCCUGUUAACUCAGGCUGCUCGUCAUCAUGCAGCUCAGUUAAAUUUCUUUAGGAAAGGGCUGAAGUCCCUUGAGGUGGUCGAUCCACAAGUAAAACUAGUUACCGAACAACAUCAUAUUGAUUACCAGUUCAAUGGACUGGAAGAUGACAGUAGGGAGGAUGGUGAAGACGAUGCUGAAGCUAUUAAUGAUACCACUGAAGGCGGGGAACUAAGUUUUGAUUAUAGACUAGAUAAUAAGAAGCGUUAUGAUACUUUGCCUUCAAGGAGUUCAAUGGAGGUUGAUGAUCUUUCAUUCCCACGGCAUUUUGGAACAAACGCAGAGUUGAACCCGGACAGAAACCACGGAGAUUUACCAAUCUCAAGUAGAGAACCUAAGUCAGGGAGUCACUCAGCACCAAUUUUCCCUGAAAGGAAGUUCGAUCCAGGCGAAAGAAUAAGACAAAUGCAACACUCGCCAAGGAAGAGCAACAAUGCUUACGUGCUCCCCACGCCAGGCGAUGCCAAAUUUGCAGUCUCUUCCCGAACAAGCACUUCAACUUCACAGACAAAGUCAACAACUGAUUAUGGUAUGCGGGCUCCUCUGUGGCAUUCUUCCCCACUGGAUCAAAAGAGGCCCGAGAAAGAUCCUGGAGAGAGCAAUGGUAGUAGUAAUCCCUCCACCACCCAGUUGCUGCCUCCUCGAUUGUCAGAGGGAAUCUCAUAUGAUAACAACAAGGGAGUAAGACAAGCUUUCUCAGGCCCAAUAAUUGGCAAGAGCAUGCCGACGACCAAGCAAGGUGUUGUUACAUCUCCAAGAGUAUCGCCAACAGCUUCGCCGCCUCUGUCCUCUCCCAAGAUCAACGAGCUUCAUGAACUCCCUAGGCCGCCUGGCAUUUUGGCUGGGAAACCGGUCAAACCUACAGCAUCCAGUGGCCACUCUGCUCCUCUUGUUAGGAAUAAUGAGCCUUACGUGGUUCACCGGCAUUCUGGUGGUGGGACUACUUUGGCUUCCCCUCUUCCCAUACCACCAUUAUCAGUUUCCAGGAGUUUCUCGAUACCUUCUAGUAGCCAGAGAGCGAUGAGUAUUAAGAACAAGGGUGGAGGAGAGGCUGAUUCUCCGCCACUUACACCGCUAUCACUUGCGAAUCUUAAACUGGCAGCCGCAGUGCCUGACGUAUUCCCUCGUGCUGGCCAAAUUAGAGGAGGGAGCUGAUGAGCGAGGGCACAAAGGUUGUACCUUUCUCCUCAUUUGUUUUGUUUCUUUUGAGGGAUGAGUUUAUGGUAUGGUGGAAAGUGACAAUUUCUGAUAGGGUCUCUCAACAUUCAUCAUGAAGCUCUGGAUACUGUAAAUAUGGUAUGGGAUGGAAGUGAACUGCCACUACGCUAUUUACUUUACUAUUACUCCUACCACUACUACUAGUAGUUGUAAGCAGAAAUGUGAAAUCCCACGAAAUUUUCUUCUUUGAACUGUCAGAGGGUUUGAUUUGAUUAUGCUGGAGAAUGAAGCUCUCCACUUAACUUUUCAUUUCUUUGUAACUCGUCGUCAGUCUCUGUAUAUUGUUGGAUUUUUGGGGGGAUUUUUUGGUGACUUGUUAGAGGGGUUACCCCCACUUUGCUGUCUAACUGAGCUUAAUCAAUAGAAUCAAAUUUUCUCUACUUGUUUGCUCUUUACUCGUGUGGAUCAGUGAACCUACGCGAUUGAUUGAUAUACGAAUC